ACCGGCCAUCUGCGACGUACGGAUAGCCCAUGCAAUUGUGGUGUAUCACAACCACACUCCAGGUGGCAGUUGCUUUUGCCGUUUAUGUUCAUGCUUGGUGCGAGUAGAAACUAGAAAGAAAACCUCAGAUGUCAGAUCUCAGAGUUUUUUGUUAUUUUCUUAGAUUUUAAUAAUGAAGGUUGUGUUUAAAAUUUUAAUUGCUGAUCCCACAAAAUUUCCCUGAAUUUCUCGGUUGUAGAUGGCAGCGAACGCUCCUCAGACGAUGAAAGCUUCGUUAACCGUUAUUUAAUCGAAUAGCGCCUACCUGCGCCGUCAUGGAUCUUGAUUGUUGUUUGCCAGGGUCGGAAUCAUCGGAUCCCGAGUUGCUAAUUCCGCGCCAGGAGGAUCCAACAUCGGGAAACUUUCCAAACGUACUAGCUUUAACCCAAGGGACGGAACGCGGUGUGACGCAGUGGCGACUGCAUGAACGGCCCUAUUGUGCUGUGUGCCAGCUGUUUUUGGAGGAGCCCUGUUGGCUGCAUGCCAAGAGCAUUCCUAAUGGAAGCGUCGUUCCCUUCGCACUGGCCAGUUUGCCCAACAUCUUGUGUUUGGAUGUGUGCUCUAACUCCAGCACAGUGUUUGUAACAGAUGUGCACGAGGAGAUCACGAGUGAAGCUUUAUUGACAAAUAAAGGGGGAACAAGGCUGCGUAAUAGCAGGAAAGCAAGAACAAAGCAGUGA